AUGAAAGCCUACUUACUAAGUUUGAAAAAUUUAGAUGGUGUUAACAUUUACAAAACUCAAAGAUUUAAAGCUACUCUGCAAUUCACAGGUAACAAAGGAAAUGUGUCAUCAUUUGAAACAGAAGAACUGCUUAGUAACAUUAUUUUUGGGGCAGAUUUUGAUGACAACGUAUUUGUGGAGCAUGCGUCUGUGCAGUAUAUUGUCAGCAAUUGCACUGCAUACAUGGCAGGAUGGGUGGUGAAGUCAAUAACACUGACCAUCUCAUGUGCAGAAUGCAGCUGUUUUGUUUCAACUCUAUUAAACUGUGAAGUUUGGCUGACGGCCGUUUCGGCUAAUGCCAUCGUCGGAGCCUAG